GACAUGUAAUUUGGAUUUCAAGCUUUACGAUUGGUCUAAUUGAAUUGCAGAUGCAUUAAACAUCAAAUUAACCGUUUCCUAUGAAUGGCGUGUUUUGUUUACGGAAAAAAUUUUUUAGAAAUAAGUAAAAGUGAUUUUUUUAAAUUUGGUGAAUUUCAGUUAUCGAAAUGUCUUUCGCGAGAAGUCUACAAGAGGAGUUGAACGAACCAGAUGAGUUAGAUACAUCGUCAGGUUGCGAUAUGUCUUUUGAAUUGUCUUGUGAUAUUGAUACUAGUGAUCAUGUAGCUUUCUGUAGCCCUAAGCAAGAACAUGGACCAAGAAAAUUAGAAUUUUCUGGAUGUGAUAACAAUUUAACACCUGGACCAAAGACUGUUUCAUUUAGUCCUCCUUAUAAGAGAGUUAGGGCUUUAAGAUUAUUUGAUAGUCCUUUGACACCAAAGACCAUUAUACACAAUUCAUCAGCAGACACACCUGUUCCGAGAAGCAGAUUAUUUGGUAAACCUAGGGCCGUAGCAACGGCAUAUCCGAGAAAAGAAGAAAGGCCAGCAGCUAAUGUGAAUCCAUUUACACCUAAUGGUAUUUUAUUAUCAAAGAAAAGGAGUAGAUCCAUAAGAUCUUUGUUGGGAUCGCCUGACAUGAAACCACCUAAAUGUGAUUUGAACGAAAGUGAUGCAUCAGACGUGGAAAUAGAACAACCAACAAAACGAGUAGCUCUACAGGAAAAUAAUAUUUCUAGAUAUCAUCAAGAAUUUUUGGAACUGGAAUUGAUAGGUAAAGGACACUUUGGGUGUGUCUACAAAUGUGUUAAUAGAUUGGAUGGAUGUGUUUAUGCGGUGAAAAAAUCAACAAAACCUGUAGCUGGGAGUGUUUUUGAAAAAACUGCUCUUAAUGAAGUUUAUGCACAUGCUGUUUUAGGGAAACAUCAACAUGUAGUUCGAUAUUAUUCUGCCUGGGCUGAAGAUAAUCAUAUGAUAAUUCAAAACGAAUAUUGUAAUGGAGGUUCAUUGGCAGAUAAAAUAUCACAAGAGCCACUUAGUGCACAAGAACUUCGGACAAUGUUACUGCAUGUCGCAGAGGGUUUAAGAUACAUCCAUUCUGAAGGUUUGGUUCACUUGGAUAUUAAACCGGGAAACAUAUUCAUUUCUCGAGAAAAGAAGAUGCAUGGUACUAAUUAUGAUUCAGCAGAUGAUGGAUUUGAGGACUUAGAUGAUAAUUCAUUAUUGGAGGAAGAACUGACUUAUAAAAUUGGCGAUUUGGGUCAUGUAACAAGCAUACAAAAUCCACAGGUCGAAGAAGGUGAUAGUCGUUACCUGCCUAACGAAAUUCUUCAUGAAGAUUAUACACAUUUAACGAAAGCUGACAUUUUUGCAUUGGGACUUACAGCCUUAGAAGCUGCUGGGGCUGGCGCUUUACCGAAAAAUGGAGACAAGUGGCAUUCAUUACGAAAUGGAGAACUGCCUACUUUACCUCAAAAAUUAAGUCGUGAUCUUAUUGACCUUAUCAAACAAAUGAUACAUCCUGAUCCUGCACACAGACCGUCAUCUGCGCAGAUAUUACACAACAGGGCGUUAUUUCCAGACAGUACCAAAUCGAAAGCAGAAUUAACACGAGAAUUAAAUGCGGAAAAAUUGAGAAAUGAAAUGUUGGUGAAGCAACUUAAAGAAGCGGCAAUAUGUAUAAAAACAAUUGCCAGCGAAACCGUAAAAUUGCCUAGUUCAACAAAAAUAAAUUCCAGAUUGAUAGGUAAAAAAGUGAACAGGAGUAUUAGUACUACUACUUUUUGAUAAACAAAAAGUUAUUAUUAAUAUUAAUAUUACAAUUUUUGUCAGCUCAUAUUUUGUAUUAGUAUUUUUGACGAACAAUGUUUACUAAUGAUUAUUAUUCUUAUUUGUCUUUCUUGUUACAUAUAUACAUAUAUAUAAAUACAAAAAACAGGGAGCGUAGUUUUCGGUUAACUUCCCUGUAUUUUUUUAUUUUUAUUCUGUGUUAAUUAAUUUUGAUAUAACUGCUGAAUAAUUAUAUAUCGGCUUAUUAAAAAGGAACGUUAGCUGUUGAUAACGAUAAAACACGAGCGUUUACGUUAAAUAUUUUAGAAGAUCGACUUAUGUAAGCUGUGGAAUUAUCGAGUUAAUUUUUAGGAAAUUAAUUAUUUUUAAUACAAAAAAUUAUGUAUCUA